AUGAAAUCUGUUAAGUUUACAACCACCGGGCUCUCUUCAUUGGAAAAAGAGUGCAUCUCAAAAGCAUUCGAAAAAACAGAAUACCAGCUGGAGGAGACAAUGUCUUCAGGUACGUCCUACCUUCUGGCGUAUAAAAGCACCUUUACAGAAAAAAGAGUCCUUGCUGAAAGAUGGUCAAUCCCUGUUAUCAGCGUGCUCUGGGUGUACAAAUCGCUAUCUAUAAAAAACAUAAAACAGUUUAGGCUAAGAAAGUACGAAGGAUGCACUUUCUGCACCUCAGGCAUCACAAACGACCUGUUUAUUAAUUACUACAAGCUGAAUGGAGCGUACCACUCUUCGAUCAUGAACAGGUACUGCGACUUUCUCGUUGUCAACUCGUCAGACCUUGUAAGCGACAAAGUUCUCUACGCAAAAGAGUGCGAUAUCCCCAUUAUUUCAGCAGAGAGCGUGUUCGAUGACCAGUUUGGGCUCUUUAAAAAAAGCAUUCAGUACGAAAGUUUUAUUAGCGAGCCUCUGACAGAUGAAAUAUUCAAUGGAAAAACAUUCUGUUUUGCAGGAACCACAGAGAUCCACAAACUCGUCAGAAGACUGGUGAUUGAGCAUGGAGGCAACAGAGUGGAGAAGCAGGGGCCUGAUGUAGACUACACCAUACACUUUGGCGAUGCAACCAAGGGAAAGAACCUUGUUUGGUACCAGUGGAUCCUUGACAGCGCAGAUCUGGGAACUCUGCUAUCCUCUGAUGGAUAUUCUGUGCACCAGCCUGAGCUGCCUGUGCUUCCUCUCGAUAAAUCAAUUAUUUUUCCAAUGGUUUGCAAAGAAGAAUCUCUCAGAACAAGAAACAAAGUGCAGGCUUUGGGAGGAGAAAUAUCAAUGCAAAUGAGCAGCAAGAUCACACACUGUAUAGUAGAAAGGAAAAGCAAGCAGCUGCAAAGCAAAAUUAAAAACUAUUUUAAAAUGUACAAAAUCAGCAUAUGUCUCUUAGAGUGGCUGAACCAGUGCAUUUACUACAUGAAAAAACUGAACGAAGGAAAAUUUGAAGUUCUUCCAGGCCUUCGGGCAGUUCCAGAGGUGGUAAUGGAGAGAAAAGAGCUAAAAAAAAGAGCAUCGGUAAACUAUGCAGCAAGCAGCCUAGACAGCUGGAAGGUGCAAUUUACAGGGCUAGUAGACUCUCUGAAAGAGAAUGCAAUUUCUGUCCUCAGAACAAAAGGCGCCACCGUAAUUGACACGCAGGAGUACUCAUCAGAGUGCACACACCUAAUAGUGGGAGCUGUUAAUGUGUCUCUUAAAUUUCUAUCGGCAAUAUCAGCUGGGUGCAUUCUCAUGGACUGCAGAGUAGUUGAUGAUUUGAAAAUGAACACUUAUACAAACGAUGCUGAAUAUAGUUUAGAAGCAAGAGAGCUAAAGAUAGACGCCCCCAAGAACGAGAAGAUAGUAAGAAAACUGAUCAUGGCAGCUCCUAUCUGGAGAAUGAAGAAAAACGAAACAAACAAAAUGGCGUUUUCAGACUGGACUGUAUGCGUUAUGAUGGAGAAAGAUAGGGAAAGGAUAGAACAACUGAUAGAGAACGGAGGGGGUAGAGCAUUGAAAGCUAUUCCAUUAGAUGACACAGAUAGAAAAAUAUUUUAUUUUGUAGAUAACCAAACAGAAGUACCUUCGCACAUACCCGCCCAGCAGACGAUCCAAAUGAAAGAUCUUAUCCUGCAUCUUGCGGGAGUAAAGUAG